AUGUUCAUCCGCGUCAAGUAUGGGAAUGACCAGAGCUUUCUGGCCAACACCAACUGCACUGUCCUGCGGCUGCUCUCUGACGUGAGGAGGAUGGUGGGGCUCCCCCACACCGACGUCAUCGACCUGUGUGACGAGCUGGGCACGCCCAAGCUGCUGUUUCAGGUGACCAGCGUGAGGGUGAGGGCCAGCGAGUUCCUCCAGGCGCACAGCACCUACUAUGCAUGCAGGGUGGAGUUUGGAGUGCCUGGGACCGAGGAGGAGCACGCACGCUGGUCCUUCACGCCCCUCCUGGAGCACCCCAGCCCAGCGCUGACAGCAGAGGCCCUGUGGCAGCAGGGCGAGCGCCUGCGCAGGAGGCAGACCGGUGCCUUGAAGGUGCUGGAGGAAAGGAUGCCCGACAUGGAGACACUGCCUUCCACGGCGCAAGGCCAAGGAGCG